ACGAAACAUUGUUUUGAGGCGGGGCUUGAGCCGUCGCUGUAUAUAUUAGUGCAGCCAGAAGCACAUUAUUUGAUUUCGGUGAGACUUACUGAAGAAAACAUCCAACAAAAGCCACAUUCGGCAAAGCAUUAACUACCAGCCAGACGAUGGAGCUGACAAUAAGACUGCUGAGCGGAGCUGUGAAGCAACUGGAAGUACACGGUAAUACCACGGUUGGCGAACUCAAGAAGCUCAUUUCUCAGCACUUCGGAGAGCCCCCCUGCAAACAGAAGCUGUCCGCCGAUAACGGUUCUCGCAUCAGCCUCGAUGAUGAUUCUAGAACCCUCGGCAGCUACGGACUGCACUCUGGAUCAGUGGUCAGUCUGCUCAUCACCAACCCCGGACCUUUCCAAGUGUUCGUCAGGAACGAGAAGGGCCAGACCGGAACGUAUGAUGUUGAUGUCAAUGAGACCGUAGCUCAACUCCAGGAAAAGAUCUACCGCAAAGAGAGAGUCCCCGUGGAUCAGCAGAGACUGGUUUUCAACGGAAGACAGCUGGAGUCUGGUAGAAAGCUGCAGGAAUACGACAUCGCCUCAGGAAGCACCAUUCACAUGACUCUCCGUCUGCGAGGAGGCUGAUCGCUUAAAUGUGUGCAAAAAGAACUUUUUUUUUUUUUUUUUUUUUAUAAUGCCUUCAGAACUAAUUUAAUUCCAAUGUAUUUACCUGCAGAUGUCUUCAGGUGUCCUUUUUACACUUACUAUUAUAAUAACAGUAAAUUCUGCGUUGUUACAUGCAAGACAAACUUUAAAAAUAACCCUAGCCAUAUAGUAAGUACAUUAAAUUUACUCUUAAAUGUAGUUUCACUGUAACAAGGACGCCUUAAAAUAAAGUGUAACCAUAUGCAUAUCUCGUCUGAAUUCCAUUGUUUUUAUCUGCAUUUUAUGUAACUGUAUCUUUUAUCUGCUACAAUAAAUGUUCUAAUCAUUCCCAAAAA